UUUCCUGGAAACGAAAAAUGGAACAAGCAAAAAAAGAACUUGAAAUUUUGGAAACUCAGCAUCCAAACAAGUUUGAGUAUCUCAAGUUGCAGCUAAAAUCCUUCAUCUCUUUUCUUGAAUCUCACUACUCUGACACUCUUCCUUCUUCCUCCUAUGUUGAUACUCAAGAGUCAUCAAGCAACAAGAAGAGGAAAAAUGGAAGCUUUAGUAGUCAAGAAGAACCCAAGAAGAAACUGCAAAGGGUAGUGCAGGAUACUGUGGGAUGUAGAAAGAGGAGUAGGAUUGAUGUUGUCAUGGAGAGGGCUCAGGCAUGUCUUCAGAAAAUUCAACUAUUCAAAAACAGUAACAAGUGAUUUUCAGCUUGUUAAUGCAUAAAUAAUUCAAGUCGAAAACAACCGAGUUCAGCUGAGAUUAGAGGAUUUGCUGAAAUCCGUUUAUAUUCUGGGACUGGUUUUUGAGAUGAAGGGGGUAGGUUCUUGACCCAACUCACAAUAGUUUUGCUUUUGAACUUCACCUGGCCGUUGCUUUUGGCUACUUCUUUCCCCUAGUACGAUCAUUUGUUUUUUAAAAAAAAAAAGAGGUUCUUGGCUUAUUAUAUUCUUCUAUUGAAAAUUUUGAAGGCCAUUGGGCUUUUUGUAUUGAUCUUCACCAACAUCAUGUAACAGCAACAAAAAAGUACGGAUAUCUGUAGUAAAAGAGAUCAAGCUGGCACACUUGCUAGUGACUCUUAUGUCUCUAUGCUUGUCGUUAUCUAUAUACU